AGAGGCACUCUGGGCAGCUGGGUGAAACACAUCUGGGACUGUGCCCCGUGAGCCUGACGGAGAUGUUCAGCGCUUGGAAUCGCUGGGACCGGCCUCCUGAGGAGGGGGCAGCUGCAGAGCUCCAGGGCUUCGCUGUGGACAAGACUUUCCUGUCUUCCCUCAAAGGCAUACUGCUGGAGACUGAGCUGGCUCUGACCUUCAUCAUCUUCAUCUGCUUCACGGCCUCCAUCUCUGCCUACAUGGCUGCGGCACUGUUGGAGUUCUUCAUCACGCUCGCCUUCCUCUUCCUAUACGCCACCCAGUACUAUCAACGCUUCGAUCGGCUUAACUGGCCGUGUUUGGAUUUUCUUCGCUGUGUCAGUGCCAUCAUUAUCUUCCUGGUGGUAUCCUUUGCUGCUGUGACCUCCCGGGAGGGAGCUGCCAUUGCUGCUUUUGUUUUUGGUGUCAUCCUCGUUUCUGUCUUUGCCUACGAUGCUUUCAAGAUCUACCGGACCGAGAUGGCACCCCAGGCUACCCAGGGGGACCAGCAGUGACUCUAGGCUUACCUGGCUCCGAGACUCAGCCAGACACAGGGACCAUGGAGCUCAAACACCGCUCCUUUGGAUUCACUUGCUCCCCAGCCCACUGUUCACCCCAGA